UGUCAGCGUCAGCGGAAGUGGUACUGCCCUGAAUACCCCGAGCAGCGAAACGGAGGACAGCUUGAUACUCCCAUCGUUAACAGACACAAAUCAGGACUCGAAAUAUAUUUAAAUUUGUAUCAUGGACAAGAGCGACCUAGUGCAGAAGGCAAAGCUCGCUGAGCAGGCCGAGCGCUAUGAUGACAUGGCUGCUUCCAUGAAGGCCGUCACGGAGGGCGGCGUUGAGCUUUCCAACGAAGAGCGCAACCUGCUCUCCGUGGCUUACAAGAACGUGGUGGGCGCCCGCCGCUCGUCCUGGCGCGUGAUCUCCAGCAUCGAGCAGAAAACAGAGGGCAAUGAGAAGAAACAGCAGAUGGCACGUGAAUACCGUGAGAAGAUCGAGGCCGAGCUUCAGGAGAUCUGCAACGACGUGCUGGGUCUUCUGGAGAAGUACCUCAUUGCCAACGCUAGCCAGGCAGAGAGCAAAGUCUUCUACCUGAAAAUGAAAGGAGACUACUACAGAUACCUGUCUGAGGUGGCAUCCGGAGAAGCAAAGAAAACCACAGUGGACAACUCUCAGAAGGCUUACCAGGAUGCAUUUGAGAUCAGCAAAAAGGAAAUGCAGCCAACACACCCCAUCAGGCUGGGACUAGCACUGAACUUCUCCGUGUUUUACUAUGAAAUCCUCAACACCCCAGAGCAGGCCUGCAGUUUGGCAAAGACGGCUUUUGAUGAGGCAAUUGCUGAGCUGGAUACCUUGAACGAGGACUCCUACAAAGACAGCACCCUGAUCAUGCAGUUACUAAGGGACAACCUCACUCUGUGGACAUCAGAAAACCAGGGUGAUGAGGCGGAUGCUGGCGAGGGCGAGAACUAAAGGCGUUGCACUUCACUGUUAAAUCCACCUACACUCUUUAUCUUACACAUAUACAGCCCAUAAUUCCCUGCUCCAUCCAGUCCACCUCACCUUUAUCCACCUUUCUGUAUGACGAGCAGCAUGAAUUGUACCUGACCUACAAGUUUGUACCCCUGAAGCCACGAGUGGCAGGGUGAAGUUUGGUUUUUCCAAGGCUGUCUCGAACAUGUCUGUUUAUGUAUUUUCCCCCAGACGAGGGAAAAUGGUUGAAUAGUGGAAAUUAUUUCCAUCUUUUUCCCUUCCCAAAAUCCCUCCUAACAUUUUUAAAAGGCAUAUGUUCUCUGGUCUAGCAGGAUAUAAUGCAUUAUAAUGUCCCUCCCCACCCAUUUUUCCCUCCUCUGUCUUUUUUCUCCAAUAGUGUACUGGCAAUUGCUGGUUUUAUUCAAAAGGUUAUUAAACUCUCCAUUAAUUUAACAAACACUGUGACGUUUAGUUUUUCCUCCUGGAUAACUUGUGCUUACUAGUAGCAGUACAAUUCUGUUGCGAUCUCAUACAGAAGGGAUGAAAACAGGCUGUAUUGUGACACUGACUAACAUGCAUUACUAUUAUUGCUGUCAUGUGCGUGAUUUUGCAUACACGGCUAACGACGACAAAAGGGACCCGAGGUUUGCCAUUCCAUGUCUAUAUUCAGUUUUAAGUUUAAGACAUUCCAUCAGUAUGUGACCUUUCACGAUUACAGCCCUUUUGUGAACAAACUGGAGAGUUUCCUAAUGUGCUGUCAAGGAGGCAGUCAACAUAAAGGUGCUGUUUGACAUCAGUAAACGAUUUUCCUGGUUUGUUCUGUAAAUUUUUUUUUUCCCCCUUUUGCGUAAUAUUGCCCACACUUCCAUUUAAUAAAGAUGUAAAAUUGUAAACAUUUUAUAGGUAAAUAUAAAUUUGUCUUGAAACUAAAUGUUUGCAAAAA